UGAGGCUCCUGGGCUUUACUUCCGGUGCCUGGUUCCGUUUCCGGCUUUCAUUCUUAACGGGACUAGGCGUUGACUUCAGACUAUUUGACCAAUUGAACACAGAACAUGGAUAUCAGACCGAAUCAUACAAUUUAUAUCAAUAAUAUGAAUGACAAAAUCAAAAAAGAAGAAUUGAAGCGAUCUCUAUAUGCCCUGUUUUCUCAGUUUGGUCAUGUGGUAGAUAUUGUGGCUUUAAAGACAAUGAAAAUGAGGGGGCAAGCCUUUGUUAUAUUUAAGGAACUGGGCUCUUCCACAAAUGCUUUGAGACAGUUACAAGGAUUUCCAUUUUAUGGUAAACCAAUGCGAAUCCAGUAUGCAAAGACAGAUUCUGAUAUAAUAUCUAAAAUGCGUGGUACUUUUGCUGACAAAGAAAAGAAGAAGGAAAAGAAAAAAGCUAAAACUAUAGAACAGACUGCAACAACUGCAAACAAAAAGCCUGGUCAGGGAACACUAAAUUCAGCUAAUACUCAGGGAAAUGCAACGCCAAAUCCUCAGGUCCCUGAUUACCCUCCAAACUAUAUUUUAUUCCUUAAUAAUUUACCAGAAGAGACUAAUGAGAUGAUGUUAUCCAUGCUGUUUAACCAGUUCCCUGGUUUCAAGGAAGUACGUUUGGUACCUGGGAGGCAUGAUAUUGCUUUUGUUGAGUUUGAAAACGAUGGACAAGCUGGAGCUGCCAGGGAUGCAUUACAAGGAUUUAAGAUCACACCAUCCCAUGCCAUGAAGAUCACUUAUGCCAAGAAAUAAUUUUGGGAUAGUUGUGUUAAAAAGGACUUGGUAUUAUUUAUGUGUUUGUUUAUAACAUAAACAUCAUUUGAGCAGGUUAUUUUUAAUAGUUGACCUGGGGUGGGGGAAGGGGAGGCAUAGAGAAAUUGAAAUUUGUGAAGGAUUAAAAACAUUACUAGUAUUUCUUCAGCCUUAGUGAGCUGUGAAAUAUGAAGCCCUGAAUUUUGUACAAUAAACUUCUAUUUGUAUUCU